UUAGCUUCCUAGUUUAGUAUACAUAAUUCUUUCUUUUCAGUUGUUGGAUUCGUACUUUUUGGUUUAUUUUUGUAAUACUAAGUGCCUUAAAAAAUUCAAAAUGAUUACUGGUGAAGGCGAUCAUAUACGUAAAUUGUUUUUGGGCGGUUUGUCGCCAAAUUCAACAGAGGAUUCCUUGCGCGCAUUUUAUAGUAAAUUUGGUGAAAUUGUGGAUUUAACAUUACGACGUGAUCCUAUAUCUGGUCGUUCCAGGGGUUUUGCAUUUGUUACAUACAUUGAUGUCUCUUGUGUUGAUAAGGCACAGGCAGCAAGACCACAUGUCGUGGAUGGAAAAGCCAUCGAUUCUAAACGCGUUAUAGUCGAGUCAGAACCAAAAAAUAAGGAUUCUGGAAGGAAAAUCUUUGUCGGAGGAUUGAAAGAUAUUCAAGAUGAACACGCACUCAGACAGCAUUUUCAACAAUUUGGAAAGGUAAUGGGAAUUAAGAUUUUGGUGGAUAAAAACACUGGACGUAGACGGGGAUUCGGAUAUGUCGAAUUUGAGGAUCCCGAUUGUGCUGACAAAGCUGUGUUGCAUCAAAAUCACAUAAUUAAACAUAUCGCAGUGGAUGUUAAAAAGUCAAACUACAAACCAGAUCAAAAUAGAAUGCAGCAACACCAAACUGGACAACAAGGACCUGGUGGUGUACAACCGGCAUCAUCUCCCUACCCACCACCGGGAUCAGGUUAUCCUCCACAGGCAUCUCCUUACCCAUAUCCCGCUCCGUAUGGAUAUCCACCAGCACCGUAUGGUGCUCCAGGUUGGGGAGCACCUCCUCCAUCGGGCGCUUAUCCUCCAGCUCCGCCACCAGCUUACGGAGCACCUCCAGCAUGGAAUGGCUGGGGAUACAGUACUCCACCAGUACCAGGAGCAUCUUCUGCGGCAAAUGGUUGGAAUAGUUCAGCACCACCAGCUAAUCAAAAUCAAUAUGGAAACUAUCAGCAGUCAUAUAAUGGCGGUCCCGAUAAAGGUAGUAAAUUACAUGGGAACAGAAUGAAACCUUACAACAAUUGAAUUAGGUCUAUAUUUAUUAGUACCCAUUAACCUCUUUUGUAUAAAUCGUAUAUUAGAAAAUAUAUAUUAGAGAAAUGGAAGGACACACGUUUGGAUUCUGGUGGAUUAUUAUUGUAUAAGCUGACGAUAUUGUUCCAGAACACUGAGCUGAUCAUUUAGCAAAGGAGUACUUCCAAGCCUCAAUAUAUAUCUAUAUAUAUAUAUAUAUAUAAGCAUAUUGAUUGGUAUCCGAUUUUCAAUUACAUAUAACAUACUAUAAAUAUUUUUAUGCAAAUAUAGACUUAUAUAACGUAUAUUUAUUGUUUAUGUUUUUUAUUGUGUAUUUUUACUGCAUACCACGAUAUAAAAAAGUGUUAUAUGCAGUUAUACAGUAUGAUGCAAUAAUGGAAAGAAGGAAUAUUUUUGCUUGAUUCGUGAUGCAAAGUAUGCUCAAGUAUCUGGGUAGAUUAUUUUACAGUGAAUUUUUAUUCUUAUUGUUGGUUGACUAUUAAACAAAUUUCAGUAUAAAAAGUUGGAAAAUCAGUUCAGUAACGAGUUUUAGAGAUUUGCAGGAGAAAUUCCCGUCCACGUAUUGGUAAUUUUAAAGCUUGCUUAAAAAUUGUGCUCGGAUUUUGGAUACACAAUUGAGGGUUUUCUUACUGUAUGUCAACAUUUGCAAAGUAUUAAUAAAUAAUUUCUAAUAUACAUAUUUAUUUUUAUCAUUAUCUAGUAUUUUUCUUAUCUCUAUAUUUUUUCUUAUACAUUUUCUAACUUAAAUGCAGCGCUUAUUACUUGCAUUGGUUAUGGAUUGCAUAGGCUAAAAUGAUAACCUAUGCCAAGAAGUGCCUUGCUAUCUGGUCAAGGAGAGAAGCUAAGAACGAAGGACACCCUAAUAUUAAUUUUGAAGAUGUUUUACUCCCCUUAAUCUUUUCAACUUAGUAUUUUCUUCGGUCUUCGCGACCCAGGAGACGAUUGAGAUGCAGGAGCGUAUGCCUCUUCCGACUUUACCAUAUACGUGGACAGUCAGGUGGCGCUGAAGGCUCUGGCUACUACGGGUCAUAUAAGGUUGAGUUUGGUUGGACGGUGCAAACAGCUUCUUCGAGCCAUGGAAAAAGCUAUCAAGGCUCUCUUGCUAGACUCCUGAAGUGGCAGACAGAAGAAAAUUCUCAACGUUGAAAACUCUUUUUCGGGCCUCCUGGCUUCUUUCAUCUUUGUCAUGUGCGUUUGUUUUCCCUAUCCUUCUCUCUUUAUACCCUACACCACUACAUAUAUAUACAAUAUUUAUAGUGGUUGCAGCGUUUUGUACACUGAAGCGGCAGCUAUUGCCGAUGAAGGACUCCUUCAGGCCAAUCCGGUAUAUAAUUUAGUGCAUUUGUUGGCAACACCCCGAAGAAAAGUUCAUUGAUAUGUAUACGGAUCGACUCAGAAUCGCUUUCUGAUUCGAUUAAGCUAUGUCUGUCCGUCUAUCUGCCCGUCCGUCUGUAGGUGUGUGCAAGUUAAUUUGUGCACAAAUUACAGGCAUGCACAUCUUUUUUGGCCUGGAGACUAGGUUAGGUUAAUUAAGAGUGGCAGUCCUUUACAGUCUCAGCAAAUUUUAUGUCCACUGUGAUACCACAGUAGCGACAGACCAUGCUUCUGGCGGGAAUCGAACCCACGAUCCCUGCACUGGUAAUCCAAGCACGCUACCAACUCGGCUACCGAGGCGCCCCGACUUGAGACUAAGCCUUUUGAAACUGAAAAUAAUCGGUUUAGAUUUGGAUAUAUGUAGCUCCCAUAUAUAUGUUCGUCCGAUUCGGACAAAUAUUGCAAAAUGUGGUCUAUUUUCAACUGGUUCUCACGAAGGAUUCUAUUAUUGAAUUUCAUAGAAAUCCGUUCAGAUCUAUAUACAGCUUCCUUCCUUCCUGUAUUCCCAAUUUUUGCUUCUAGGACCUUUGCAAGCACAUAUAUUAACCGAUCUUCUUAAAAAUUUGCACAGCAAUUUUCCGAUGCUCCCACAAAUGUACAGAUUGUGGUCGAAUUUCUUCCUUUCAAAUUUAAGCAAAUUUACACUUUGGCGACUCAGCCUGCAUACCAAAGGUGGUGUAGGGUAUUAAAAGGUCCGUCUUUAGGCCGUCCUUACUUAUUUAGUUCUAUUGUCUUGCACCUUAUUACGGUGGCUCUCUAUGUGUAAGAUUCUUCACAUAUUUUUAUCAAGGGCGAACACAAAGGACCUUAGGCCUCUGAAUGAAGCGGCUAGCGAACGAGGCUGCUGAACGAGUGCAGUUCAACAUGGCCUAUGGCAAGGUCAGGACAGCGGUCGAUCUAUAGACGUUUUAUCUGUGUAUUAUGUCUUCCUCAAUUAUUGGUUACCAAAGUUUCUGUUAAAUGUAUUUUCAAAUUUGGAAUACUAAAUCUUGGAUGGGGCGCGUCCAGUGUAAAAAAGUGGUUUGUGGUCCAUGGUUAUUAGUGGAAUACACACCCAGCACGUAAGCGCCAAUCCCAGACCAAUAGAUUUCAGGCUACAUAUAUGGGCUCCAGGUUGUUGUUGUUGUUUUCUGCUACAGUAUUCUAAUGAAUACUAUUUAAAUCUUGCUGUCUCUGGUCGGAGACAAGAAUUCCCUGCUACUUUUGUAAGUAUCCAUAAUCUCCUAAGUUGGUUCAUUUCUAAUAUUUUGAGUUCUUCUGAUUGAAGUGGAAUGACUUGAGGACCUUGUUACUAUAUCUGAUUUUGUCUCAAAUUGUUUUCGCUUAGUAUAUUGAGAUAAUUGGUGGUCGGAAUUGUGACGCCUUUCACGUUGAAUGGCCGUUGUACUUUUGCUUAUAUUUCCGUAGAAAAAUUUUACAUGACUAAAGGCCAGGAUUUUCUUUUCCUUUCCUUUCCUUGAAGAUUAUUUGGUUAUGUGGCUUGUAUUGUUUGUAUAUACAUAUGUACAUUAAAACCGUUAGGAUUUAUAAACACAUCGCCUAGGCAUUGACGAACGAAGCAUGUUGUAAGUAUUGCAAUUACAAUUUCCAUUCACAAUGCUAUACAUAUUUUUUCAAUAAAUUUUUUUCUUAAGAAAUCCAA